AUGGGAUCUGCCAGAACUGCUCUGUCGAAGCUUCCUCUGCGCCGCCGCGCCGCCGGCGAGGGCUUCGCCGCCGGCCGACAGGCGAUCCGAUCUUUACCUUCAUUCACGGAAGCCCCUCCGAGCGGCGCCGGCGGAGAUUCUCUGGUCCGACGGCGCAGUUCCCUCGCCAAUCUCUUGCAGAGGUACGGUUUCCCCUCUUCCACCCUCACCUGGUUCAUCCGAUGCAACCGGUUUCUGCUGGAUUCGGAGCAGGAUGAUGUGCAGAGGUGCAUGAAGGUCCUCCUGUCCUUCGGCCUCUCCCAGGAUUCUCUCGUCUCGGUCGUAUCCUUCUGUCCGAGGGUUUUGGAACUAGGGUUCCUGAGGAGAUGGGAGCUUGCUUUCUCCCAGAUAGGGCUUUCUCCUGUGCCACCCUUUAUGGUGCAGAGGAUCCUGGAGCAGUCUUGGAGAUGCCGCAUUGAACCUGAAGACGUCCGGCGAAGUUGCCAGGCUCUGUCGCAAGCCGGCUUCUGCAAGAGGACCGUCGCCAAGGUUUUGGAGAAAUUGCCCUCUACGCGGAUGAAUUUUCCUGGAAUCAACCGUAGGCUUGGAUUUCUGAAGGAAAUUGGAUGUUCGAAGGAGGAGAUCGAUCGGAUCGUCUUCUCUUUCCCGGGCUUCCUGGGACUGAGCUUGGAACUCAGAUUGCAGCCUCUUCUUGAAGAGUUUCGGGAACUAAAUCUGGAAGACGAUGAGGUCCGCAAAUCCCUUAUCGAGAGUCCGAGAGCUCUUCUUACGAUGCAGACCGGCGAACUCCCUCGAUGCGUUGAGUUUCUGAGGAGUUUGAAGUGCAGGCUGCCCAUCAAGGACAGGAUCCUCUGCGAAGGCCCCGUCCGUGCCAGCAUCAGAGUGAAACUCAGAGUCGAUCUCCUCUGUCGGCAUGGUCUGAUCCGCAGAGAUGCUUUCAAGGUGCUCUGGAAGGAGCCGAGAACGAUCCUGUACGAGCUGGACGACAUCCAGACGAAGAUCGACUUCCUCAUCCACACGAUGGGCUUCGGCAUAGAUUGGCUGGUGGAGGUGCCAGAGUAUCUGGGUGUGAAUCUGCAGAAACUGGUGGUUCCCCGGUACAAUGUGAUAGAACACCUGAGAUCGAAGAAAGCUCUUGGAUUUCAGGUCGAUCUGAGGCUUCUGAUCAAGCCCAGCAGGAAUAAGUUCUACAACAUGUUCGUCAAGCCAUAUCCUGACUGUGAGGGGAUCUUCGGAGGGCCGCCAGGAGAUGCCAAUCCCAAGCGCAGGCACCCAGCGGGAUUGUGGACUCUCUUCAAGCCACCGGCAUAUCCUCAGACAAAGGAGGAUGUUCGCACUAUGAAGCUGUUCAUGGAAUCCUUGGUAAAUCCUUAG